ACAAGGGAUUGGAAUUUGGAGGUUCCAGCGAUGGCCACGGCCAUGGCGUCUAAUCGAGCAGCAUUCCUCGCUGGCAGCUCCAGCGCCCUGGCAAUUCACGCGCCAACGCGGCCGGCACAGCUCGCUUGCGUUCCAUCUAUUUCGUGUUAUCCAUCUGUCUACUGUGGAAGGGGCGACAAGCGCACAGCCAAAGGGAAGCGAUUCAGGCACUCGUUUGGGAAUUCGCGGCCCCGAAAGCGCAACAAGGGUCGAGGGCUGCCGCCGACGCCACUGCCUCCCAAGCCAGCUGAUUCCACCACCGAAGGAUCGCCAGCGCCGGAGCCAGCACCAGCGGCAAUCGCCAUGGAAGAGUGAUCGAGGUCUCGCGCAAAUGUAUCAUCCAAAUUUUUUUCAAAACAUCUCAUCCCCUCCAAGAACCCUAGGUAGAGUUGUUUCAUUCGCGAGAGAUUAUGGAUGCGCUGCUCGAUGCCGCGGCGCGGGGCGAUGCCACGGAGCUGCGAGAGCUGAUUCGAGCCGGCGGGGAUGCAAGCUACGCGAAUCCAUCUACAGGUCUCACGCCGCUCAUCGCCGCGGCAAAAGCUGGGCAUUCCGAGGUAGUGCGUGUUGUCUUGAAUGCCGGCGCUCCCUGGAACGCGUUGGAUCGAUCCGGACGCUGCGCUGGAGAUUAUGCCAUGGACGCGGGUCACCAGGAUUGCUACGACAUCCUUCUUGAUGCCGGCGUGAAAGCUGAGCUCGUGCUUGGAGCGGCCUCGAGACAAACCACCAAGAACAGCGAAUUUUCCAACAAGGACUACUUGGAAGCUCGGCUAAGUUUUAGUGAAGGAAAGCUGGUGAACGAGGAGAGUGAGGGCGUUAUGAUGGCGUGGGAGAGACCUCUUAUGGAAGCUCACGCUAAGGCGGUUUGCUGCGGUGGUGACGACAUUCUCAACGUCGGCUUUGGCAUGGGACUCGUCGACACUGCGAUCCAGAGCUACAAUCCAUCGUCUCACACGAUCAUCGAAGCGCAUCCAGAUGUUUACGCUCGAAUGAUCUCCACAGGCUGGAAAGAGAAGGCGAACGUUCGAAUUGUCUUCGGGCGAUGGCAAGAUGUUAUUUCCGAGCUGGGACAGUAUGAUGGGAUUUUCUUUGACACUUACGGGGAGUACUACGAAGAUAUGCGAGAGUUCCACUCCCAGCUACCAAAACUCUUGAAGCCUGGAGGAAUCUACUCCUACUUCAAUGGUCUGUGCGGACACAAUGCGUUCUUUCACGUUGUUUACUGUCAGCUGGUGGCGUUGGAACUUGCACAGAUCGGUCUCACCACUCAGUUCAUUCCUUUGCCAGUGAGGAGCUGCCUGGACGAGAAGACCUGGGAAGGGGUCCGAGAGAAAUACUGGCAACUGGAUACAUACUUUUUGCCUGCUGCACAAGCCGAGGAAGAGACCGACAACUAGAAAAUCUUGAGAAAAUCAUGGUAAACAUCUUGAGUUUGGAGUUUGGGUAAAAUGACCACAUUGUUUCUUUCUCUUC